AAAAUCACAACCUUUAUUUAUCCUGCACACAAAGUGUGAAUAGAUCCGUCUUGAAGGUGUUCAUGGCAUCGUGAUAAUAUUUGCUGUGAUCUAUUCUUAAUAUCUGUUCGAAAACAUGCACAACACGUUGAAUAAACACAUUUAAUGUAUCCUCAAUUAUCGACAAUAUAUAUAUAAAUAAAUGGAUAUGACAAAUGUAAACAACUAUUCUUAUUUUUUAUACAAGGUGUUUUAAAAGGAUGGACCCAAUUUCAAUGUAUACUGCUGUGAAAUUGGGUCCAUAUUUUUACAACACCCUGUACUUUGAUACUGGCAAAAAGGUCCCAUGGUGAAUUCUAUAAUUUUCCAAAGUAAUAAAAAUAUAUAUUUUUAAACACGCUUUAAUGAAAUGUACCGCACGAGUAAUGGCAGAAAUCCACGACUCCAGGAAGUGGGCCCGAGGCUUGCCAUAACGUCAGGGACCCUGGUGAUUUACAGCCAACGAAACCGGCUCACCCUGCCCCACUUUAACCGCUGGUGGUGAGUGGAGCGAGAGAUGUGAUGAGCCACUCUCUUCUGUGUUCAUCAAGAGACGGAGGCACCAUGAAGUGGGUCCUGGUCGCAGCGUUCAUCUCCCUUCUGCCUGUGACGUCUGCCGUGAAGCUGCAGCUCUCCCUGCCGGAGAGUGUGGAUGUGACGGAGGGAGAGAACGUGACUCUUCCCUGCUCAUUCUCCUCCCUGUCGACCGACUCGAGUGGCCUCUACAUCACGUGGCUCACGAUGCCCACACGCUACAUAAUCUAUGACUCUCUUCACGGGAAUAUCCGGCUUGGAAUAGCUGAGUUUGCGGGAGACAAGGAAAAGGGCGACUGCUCCCUCAGGCUCCUCAACGUCUCCAGGACCCUCAGCCCCGUGUUUAAGUGCCAUGUCAUUUGUACCAGCUGUGGGAAGGAUGACUUGUGGGAGGAAGGAGAGGUGAAGCUGAACGUGAAACCUGCAGCCCCACGGUCACACGGUGAGGGCGUGAGUGACUCUACCCUCAGCCCUCUAGAGGAGACCUCACACAAGGGAGGGGUGGUGGCUGCCUGGGUCCUGCCUGUCGCCAUCUUCAUCAUCUCCGUCAUCUCCGUCAUCUCCGUCAUCAUCAUCGUUGUCUUCGUCUGGAAGAAGAUUAAACGCCGUCGGUCUUCAGGGCCCUGCCGCCGCUAACGCAGUGGCAUUCCAUGCGUAGUCUCAGGAGAGAGUGCAGCAGAGGGAGGACAGCUGAUGGGACCUUCCAAAGGAGUUGUGGAAUGAGCGGCACCAUCACCCAGGUGUGAAGACCGGGGCCUCCCCAUCGUGAACGCUACUGAAUCCCGAGCAAUUUUACGCCGUUUCCAGCACUGCAUUUGGACUAGAGUUGUUUUGUUACUCGUAGUUUUGUUGCUUCUUCUGCCUCAAUCUCGUGAACAGUUUGACUCACAAGGAAGGGGGCUCGCUUUGGGGGCCUUGACAGGAGGGACCCCCCUAGGUGGUAGUCAUCCCGAGGAAGGGUGGGACCCCUAAGUGGCAAUAUAGACCCCGAGGCAGGAGGGGACCCCUCGGGUUGCAGUAGUGCUAUCGUCCAAAACGUCGGCAUGAGGGCAGGGCUAACACAAUGGCAGCUGUGAAGAUGUUUUGGUAAUCGCUGUCAAUCUGAUCAAAGUGCGUGGGAUCAAAACCGCUUGAUAUUUACAAUCUGCAGUUUACUUGAACACCCUCAUGGGCAGCAACAUCAGCAGCAGUGAAUUAUUUUGAGACGCGUGAACAACGUAACAUCUUUAGCGAUGUGCACAGAGACACGUUCCUCUGAAAACGGGUCGGCUCUGCCGCUCGGUCGAACCCACAGCGAGCCAGACCGAGCGUCUCCGUGCCGACCCCAGGGUUGUUGUGAGCUGGCCAGUGCGAUUACAUUUCCUGUGGCAGGGUCCAGUGAUUACGCAAUGCUGCCGCUCGUUCUACAUUCGCGUGGCCCAUCCGGUGGUCAUAACUAUUAUACACCAUUGCACUCGUACACAAACUCCCCUCCCCUGACAUCACAAAAGAACAGAGAUGGUUAUUUAUCAGCGUAACUCAUGCUAAUCCCCUGCCCAACCGCCCGCGACACCACACGG